AUGGCUGCCGAAAAUAUGAAAUGUAUCGCAAUACUUAUUUUUUUCCAAUUUGGGGUGUUAAUAACCUUGAUAUUACAGUUUAAUGCUAUGGCCAUUGCCUAUAAGCUCUUACAAAAAAAGCGAAUGUUGCUGAUUAGCGCGUAUUUGUGUUUAAAAAACAACAAAUGGGCUAAAAGAAAGAAGCAUCUCAAACUUCGCAGACUGUGCAGAAAACGGAGAACAAUAUGGGUAGCAAAUGGAAGAACGGAUCAGUGGUGGACAAAUUUAUUGCAUGAGAAUAUCCCACCAGGCACUUGGAAUAAAAAUUUGAGAAUGAGCAAAGAGUGUUUUUACAAUUUAGUAGCUCAAUUAGACCCAGUGAUUGGGCCAAAACUAAACUCACCGAAUUAUAGAUUCCUUACAACAGACAAAAAAUUGGCAGUCACAUUGUAUUAUUUGAAGGACACCGGCUCGUUGUGGAUGACCGCAAAUACGUUUGGUAUACAUCAAAGUACAGUGACGAAAGUGAUAACUGAAGUAUGUUCAGCCAUAAACAAGUUGCUAGGGCCAACGUAUAUACACCUACCAAGGAAUAAAGAUGAAAUGAGGCAAAAAGCUUCAGAAUUUGAACUGAAAUUUGGCAUGAUACAGGCUAUUGGCUGCAUUGAUGGAACGCAUGUUGCUCUCAAACGCCCUCCAGACAACUCACAAGUGUGCCUUUGGUAG